AUGGUGUCUCUCAGCUCGAUAGACGAGUCUCUGCAGCCUGCAGUUCCGGGUGCCGGGCUGCUCGCUCGCUGUGCUCUCGGCUUGCUCCCCUCAGCUGGCCUGCCUCCAGCUGGUUCUGAGGCCUUGCUGGAGCUGGUUAACCCCAGGCCUGGAGCAUCGCUCUCCAGCCCUUGUGGCUACUUCAGCCCACCUUCGCCCUCCCAAAUCAGGCAGCUGGAUGAACCUCCCUCUUCACCCGCGGUGGAAACUCAAUUACGGCACAAUCUGUCAUUGAACAAGUGUUUUCUCAAAGUGCCUCGCUCCAAAGAUGACCCCGGAAAGGGCUCUUACUGGGCCAUCGACACCAACCCAAAGGAGGACGCCUUGCCUACACGGCCAAAGAAGAGGCCGCGGUCUGGAGAGCGGGCUUCUACGCCGUACAGCCUGGAGUCGGAGUCUUUGGGGAUGGAGUGUAUGAUCUCUGGAAGUGCCUCUCCAACACUGGCAAUCAACACUGUGACUAACAAGGUGGCGUUGUACAACACAGACCAGGAAGGGAGCGAUAGUCCAAGAAGCAGCCUUAACAACAGCCUGUCUGAUCAGAGUCUGGCCUCUGUCAAUCUCAACAGUGUGGGCAGCGUGCACAGCUAUACACCGGUGACCAGUCACCCAGAGCCCGUGUCCCAGUCUAUGAGCCUCCAGCAGCCCCCGCAGUCCCAGUACAACAUGCCAGACAGGGACAAACAGCUCCUGUUCUCUGAAUUUGAAGAUCUCAGUGCCUCCUUCCGCAGCCUUUACAAGUCUGUUUUUGAGCAGUCCUUCAGCCAACAAGGUCUGAUGGGCAUACCGUCGGAUUCCUCCCAGCAGACCCACACCUCCUGCUCCUAUCAGCACUCCCCCAGUGGCAACAUUAGCACUCAGAACAGCCUGUCAAACAACCAACCCAACAACCACCCCAACAGCCACUCCGCCAACAGUGGCCAGGUGCCCCUGUCCCAUCCCGCCCAGGCCCACCCCGGCCACGGCUCGCCCCACGCACAGCACCUCCCGCAGCACGGCGGGCCCCACAACCAACACAGCCAACACGCCCAGCACAGCCAACACAGUCAGCACCCACAGCACCCUCAGCACGCUGCGCACUCCCAGCACGGGCAGCACCCAUCGCAGCACCCGUCCCACGGCCAGCACCCACAGCAACACACACCCCACCCCUCCCAACACACGCAGCACAGCCAGCACCCUUCUCAACACGGACAGCAGCACCAGAGCCUCUCCCACCAGCCCCAUCCUACCCAGCAACAGAUGGCCUGCAACACAGGUUUACUCUCUGACUGGUACCCAAAUCUGGAUGCACUGAAAGAAAGCUGUCGUAUUGCUAGCAGCUAUAACUGGGCUGAUGUCGACCUUUCACCUUUCCAAGGAUUGAGAGACAGUAUGAGACAAGCGGAGUUGAACAAUUGGUCCCUGGAACCCACCCAGAUUGCCGACCUCUGCUCGUCCAUCAACCAGUUCUUUGCCCGCACCGGUGUAAUCCAGCCACAAGGGGCAGUGCAGCCUCCUGUUUGUCACGGCACCAUGCACCCCAACAAACCCAGCCAGCACCUCAACACAGGAAAUCUCUACAUGGACACCAGACAGAGCAUGUCCAUGAUGGGUCCUCCAGGAUAUCCCCACAUGCCCCACAGCGCAGGACCCACAAUGACAGCACAUCAUGCACAGAUGAACCAGCAGCACAUGAUACCUACCAGAAACUUCCAGAUGCAUCGCAUGCCAGCUGAUGACAUCCAGGAUGACUUUGAUUGGGACUCCAUUGUCUAGCCCCCUAGACCUCCUUUUUGCAAAACAAAAGGGAGCGGCGCGGAGAGGAGAGGAGGUGGAAGCCAGGCUGAGCUGAAAGGCCGCAAGAGGAGGAGGAGGAGGAGGAGGAGGAGGAGGAGGAAGAGGAGGCCACUGUGGGUGGGAUGCAGAAGGACAUUUGACAAGCUUUGGAGAAAGACAGACUUCAGAGUCCUGACAUUUUUACAAAAAGCAAAACAUAACUAGAAAAUGUUACUUUGAAGACAAUCAUAUUUAGUGGGACAUGUUUCAGUGAUUGCUUAUGUACUCGUCUAGAGACGAGGAGAACACAUUCACGUCUAAACCACAUGCUCCUCAGCUCCUCAGCCAGCCCUCUCCCCGUCCCUAGCCAGCAGCCUUCCAAAGUCUGAACCCCUCUCCCCCCCCGACCCCCUGCUCCGUAACUGUUAUGUGAUUUGAGCGACGUGUUCAGCUUGUAAUUCUUCUCGUGUUGACAUUGGCCUCAGCUGCCUCUUGGAUGAGUUUAUCUCUCUUUUUUUUUUCUUUUUUUUUUUUAGAAAAAAAAACAACAAUUUUAUUUUGUUUUUAAGAAACACGGGCCGUCUCUGUGAGUAAUGUGAUGGUGCUCGUUGGUCACUUUUGGGAGAAAAGUGGGCCCCACUGUGGCUGAAAUUGGUGGUAAAGUUAGGUUUACAAUAACUUUUGAACAGGGUGUUAAAUGUUUAAGCAGGCUUGAUAUUAAACAAACCAAGAGAGAAAGUGAGUGAGAGAUCACAGGCAGAGUCGUGAUCUGUCUUCAUAAACCAUAGUGAUCAGGUUCACCGCAGCAGCAGACUAGUUAUGGGAGUACAGCAACUUUUUUUUUUUUUUCUUAGUUCUCCGUCUCAAGCACUUCAAGACGAGUGAAUCUGAUGAUGAGUGUGAGAAGAAGGUGAAAGCAGGGAAGUCUUUUUAAUUUCAUUCAGCCUGAAGUAACCUGAGUUUUCUGUUCUCUGUGUGCAUCAUGUAGGUUAAUAAUUGCUUUACAGUUUAGAAACAGUGAAAUACUAAACAAAUUCACACUUUCAAGCUAGUUUUAAUGGUAACAUUCAUCAGUUUUAGGUGGGUAGCCUAUCGAUCAUUAACCAAGCAACCAUAAUAAAGACAAGGAAAUAAUCUGAGACUGAUGUAUAUAUUGGUAAAGCCAAUAUUAUUGGCUGAUCAGCUCGUCAUCACUCCAUCUGAAUCGGCAUAUCGUUGCUGUCGGGUGGAAACCUUUUAACCUAUUUCGUCCUUUUUCUUUUAUUUUGUCAUAAAUCAUGCUUAAUGUCUGUCUGAAGGUUUUAAAGAUAUUUAACCGAUGAAAAGUAUUAAUAAAAGGUUGAGUAAAUCUUGUAACCAUUGGUAAACAGCGACGAGGCGAAUUCUUCUGACUUCGUCUGCGAUAAAUAGUGCAAUAAAAUGUUUUCGGUAUUUUUCUUUUAAUUUUCUGAAAAGUAACGGUUUUGGACAUACAAGGUUUAAGCCAGACAGAGAAGCUAUAUGUCAACUAAUAAGUAAAAAAUAAACUGCUGUUCAGAAAUGUCAAAAGAUAUGUUUGAGAUCAUGUAGCACUGGCACGUUCAUCUUCAAACUGUUAAUUCUCCCACUCUGCACCAAUCAUGAUCACAAUUUAAAGAAUCUUGAAUAUUAAAAAACAAAUCUCUGCAGAUAUAUCAUCUUAAUUUGCCUCAUCAAUCGUACAGACGUGAGAGUUGUAUGGAGCUUUUCUUUAAACAUAUAUAUAUAUAUAAACAUAUUUCCGAACAUGCCAAACUAUUCCCUUAAACAGUUUAGCUUCAAAUUGAAUGCAGACUAUGUUAUAAUAAUUUAGACUAGUCACAGUUAAACAUAAAGAGCCUGUAUGCAUUUUUCAGUUCGCUAACAGACUAAUAAAAUGUGUUAAAAUAAACAAAAACUCUGUUAAAGCUCCUUAAUAUCCUACUGUUUUGCUUGAUUAAUGAUCAAUAGGUUAUGCAUCAGAUGUUUCCAUUUGAAGAGGGCAAAAAAAAAGGAGAAUGAGUUUGACUGUUGUCUGUUUCUUUGAUUUGUAAAUGAAGUUAAACCUGAAUUCAUGCCUUUUUCCGCUUGUUGUUCAUCAAAGCGAGUUUCGAUGCUACACUCAGUGUUUAUUGUCACUUCUGACAUUUAAAUUACGGAGAUAUGAUAUCUUUCUUUUUUUCAACUCCCCGAUGUUUUGUUGUGAUAGUUGGAUAGCGUCAGAUUUUGCUAUUAUACAAUCAUAACAGAAUGAGAAAUGUGACUCAUACAAUGUGUGUGUGUGUGUUGGUUGAACAUAUGGUGUGUGCGUGUGUUUUGGUUUUAUUGUAAUUUUAGGGCUAUGAUUGAUUGCUGCAAUCAUCUCUAUGCUAUCUAUGAGCACAAAAGCAGAUGCACACGGUGAUUAAAGAGUAGAUUUGAGACAUGCUUUUUUUUUUUUUUUUUUUGUGGGAAGGGUUUCCGCAGCACAGAGCAGGGAGAUGAGCGGUUCUGGAAACCUGUCCUCUGUGUCCUGGAACAAGUGGCUCCUCAGUCAGACUGGUGCUGCACUUUAGAGACACUAUGUUUAAAAAAAAAAAAAAAAAAAAAAAAAAAAAAAAAGCCCUUUGCACACCUUCUGAUGAUUUUAUCCGUUUUUUUAAGAUGUAAAGCACCCCCGGGUGGCUCACGUUCUUUCUUUCUUUCAUCCGUUCAUUCAUUCAUUCACUCGCAGUAGAACUAUCUGAGUUAUUAUGAGUUAUAUUGUUAUAUUGUCCACCGCUGACAAUGAACAGAAUUCUUUCUUUCUCUUAUACUGCUAAACUGUGUCUGGUGCUUUGCAUCUAUAACACUUUGUCCUUGUUUAAAGGAAUAGUUCAACAUUUUGUUUUUUGUUUUAUAAAGCUACAGCUAGCAGCUGGUUAGCAUAAAGACUGGAAACAGGAGGAAACCGUUAGCAUGACUCUGUCCAAAGGGAACAAAUCUCUUUGUAGAUAGAUGGAUAGAUAGAUAAACUUCAUUUAUCCCAAGCUGGGAAAUUACAGGUUUUUUUUGUUGUUGUUUUUUUUUAAGAUAGAUAGAUAAGCACGUCUUAACUAAAGCUCACUGAUAAAACAUUUUUAAAAAGCUUAUCUCAUUUAGUUAUCUGUAAAAACCAAAAAACAACAACAUUUGGGAUGGAAAUUCAUAAGAUUUUAUAGACAGCAAUGUCAUUAAUGAUUCUGCUUAUCGAUCAGUUUCUUUAUUAACUCCCUUAUUGAUUCCUGAUCAGUUUUCUGUAGCAGGUUUUUUUAACGUCAACAAAACUGUUUCUUAAUGAGACUGAAAGCAGGGGAGAUGAGAAAUAUUUGAACAGCAGUCAUUUUCAUUCAGGUUUUCUUAGUCAAAGCAAAAAAAAAAAAAUGCUAUGCCUCCCUGUGUGUCUCUGUUAUUAUAGCUGGAUAUUAACCCUCGUUAACAGACGUGCCAGCUUUAAUGAAGGAAUUGAUCAGCUCAGAGGCGUAAGAUCGGGCAAUUUCCAACAGGUUCUCCAUUCCCCAUGACUUGUUUUCGCUUGGGGUUAAAUGCUGCAUAGUCUGACUCACCCAAUAUAGACUUUUAGUAAAAGCCUGCCAUUGGCUGCCUAUUUUAGACAGCUAUCUCCACUAUCAGUUCUGAAGGAGCACCAUUGCUGCAUCCUGGCUUACCACUGGCCAAGACCAGCUGUGAUUAUAGAAAAACAAACGAGCAAAGAUCCAUAUAAUUACUGCACUUUAGCCGGAUUUUGUUAUUGUCGGAAAGAGCUGUUUUCUCCUGUUUCUAGUCUGUGCUAAGCUAAGCUAAGAUAACUGCUGUCAGGCUAUAGCUUCAAAUUACAGACGUGAAAUAAUCUAAUUCUCUGCAAAUAAGUGUAUUUUUCCCAAAAUGUCAAACUAUUCCUUUAACAUAACUUAGCACCUAGGGACUCGAGUGGUCACUGCAGUUCUGAUUUCAUAUUUGGAUGACAAUCAUGUAUUAUUUUUUUUUUAUAUGAUAUGACAUAACGUCUUUGUUAUUGUGAGAAAAGGCACGUUAAAGUCUCACUGGGUUGUUUUAUUGGAUGAUAUAGAACCUGAUGUUUCUGCGUUUGAACACACAGAAGGUUAUUUGAAACUAGAACCAGACCAGUUUUAUACUGCAGAUCUUCUGUUAAACUGUCCACAGCUGCACUGUGCAGAUGAAGUCAAGUACUGCCAUUCAUUUUUAUAUUUUCCUGCCAAUCACACCUGUCCACUCCUGCUUCUUUCUGCCAUGUUGUCGUCAGUCUUUGUAUUUCAAAUGUUUGUGUACGUGGAGGAUAUCGUCGCCUGUGGAUCUCAACUAUGAGUUUUUAAAAGUUUUGUUCAACUGCCAGAAUUUCUUAACUUGUGCUCAAACAGAAUACUUAGUCAGCUGAGUGACCCCCGAAUCAUGACUCUUUUAGGUGAGUGUGGGCCAAAGGAUUGCAACUGAAGACAGCAGUGAAAAAAGAGCAUUUUCAUGAGCACUCUAUGGACCUACGAUUUAAAAAAAAACAAACAUCCUGUGAGUCCUCGGUUGGUGUGAAGUGUGUGUGUCACUUCUUCCAGGUGAAGAUUUUUGUGAACACACAAUUUGAGCACAGCAGCCCAUUGGGAAAACAAACAGAUUUGAGCAAACGGAUGUGGCUAAAAAGGGAAGAAAGGUGAAGAAAAUGACUGGAUCACAAUCACAAUUUUACAUCAAGUCUGUAUGCGUGUGUGUGAGUGUGUGUGUUUGUGUGUUUGCUUGUGUGAGUUUUAGUUCUUUUUCAAAAGACGAUUUAAGUUUUUAAAUACCGCUGGACAUGUACCUGCCAGAGAGAUUACUAUUAUUGGGAAAAAACAGAUGAAAAGAUUAAAAAAACAAAACGCCUUGUUACAAUAUGGGAGAGAACUGCCAACAAGUACUGCUGAUUGGGGCCUAUUUUAUUCAGUGCUGGUGUGUUGUUGUGCUUGUACAUAUAUGUCUUUUCAAUCAUCCCUUUUUUCCUCUCGGGGGUGGGGUAUCAAGGCUCGGGGUGGGUCUUAUUCACGAAAAACAGGAGCGAAAAGAAUAGAGUAUUUUGUUAUUGUCCAAUCAGAGGGUGACAGUAUGUAUAUAUCUAUAUUGUAUAUAUGUGAUGAAAAUGCGUUGGCUUUUUGUGUGACACUACCUUUUACCUGUACUAUGGUUCUACAUUCAGUGUUUCAGUGUUGAUAAUAUAUAUUUGGUUUGUGUUUUAUUUUUCUGUUUUGUUUGAUUUCGUCUUCGUCAUUUCUUGUAUUUUUUUUUCUCCUAUUUGUCCUUUUUUUGUUUAUUGCACGGUUUAUUACUUUUGUUGUCCAAUGAGGUGACACAGCUACUCUUUGUAUUCGUUUAGUGCUGUAAAAUAACUCAAGUGUUAUUAGAAUUGUCGAUACCACCGCCCACCCCACCCCCUUCCCCAAUAUGCAUGAAUGGCACUUAAAGAAAUAAAAUAUGGUAACUUCACUGUGGAAUAA